GGCAGAAUCGUCGAAUUUUGUGAGCGAUUGGGGCAUCAUCGAAGCUGGAGGGUGUGGGGAGGAUUAAUGGGAUUAUGUGGUGGUAGCCUUCGACACGAUUGGAGCGGUGGUGACAACAGCUGCCAUAGUGGCGAGGUCGUUGGGAGAGAACGAAGAGUGUGGGGACGACGGAGUUCAACACCGGAACUGGUUUCGAAGGACGAAGAUUGGAGAGUGACAGGCGGAGAUCGGAUCUCGUUCUCUGCUGUCUCCAUGGGGGAAGAAGGAGAAAGG